AUGAGCAGCUUAGACAACCCCUUCUAUGUCCCACCACAAUCGAGUUCUAAUAAUGACGGCGGCUUUGCGCUGCCAAGUAGCCCUCGUCAGAGGACGAUUGUCGAGUAUGCAGAUAGAUACAUACCAAUAAGGACUGGAGAUCCUGUGGCAGAGUAUCAGAGAUUAAUAGCUCCUCGAGCGCCCAACGAAAAAAAACGCAAAAUUGCAUCUUUAAUUGAGGAUGAAGCACAACAAGAAGAAGAUGAUCGUAUUUAUAGAGCUGUACUAGAAUCAUCGAUGUUCCCAUUGAGAGACACAUCAGAUGAUAUAAUUCGACGUAUAAACCAAAGCCAGCCGUUAUCACCAUCUAGCAACCUACUUUCAUUUCGAUCACCACGAAGGAAACAUACCGUUUUUGUUGAUUCACCCUAUCGUGAAGCAUAUUCCACGAGUCCCCUUCCAUAUGAAGCUCAGAUCAUAUUAACAAGUCCUCGGAAGCCUCCUAGAUACAUAAGUAAAUUCCCAUACAAGGUACUGGACGCGCCGGAUUUACAGGACGACUUUUAUUUGAAUCUGGUAGAUUGGUCUUCGAACAAUAUUCUCGGUGUAGGACUAGGUCCUUGUGUUUAUCUUUGGAACGCGGUGACUUCGAAGGUAGUAAAGUUGUGCGAUUUAUCUACGACAGAUACAGAUAGCGUAACGUCUGUAAGCUGGAUGGCAUCAGGCACGCACAUAGCGGUGGGUACAAAUUUAGGACCCGUGGAAAUUUGGGAUGUAGAGCGGUCGAAGAGAAUAAGGAAACUAAAAGGGCAUUCAUCGAGAGUUGGAGCUAUUGCUUGGAAUGGUUGUACUGUCAGCUCAGGGAGCCGCGACAGACAAAUAUACAAUAGAGAUGUAAGAGUAAAAGAUGACUGUCUUUCCAUACUUAAUGGGCACAAACAAGAGGUAUGCGGGCUGAGAUGGAAUCCAGAAGGAACUCAGUUGGCCAGUGGAGGCAACGAUAAUAGGUUGAUGGUAUGGGAACGUGGAAAUACUGCUCCAGUACAUAAAUUUUUACAGCAUGUUGCUGCAGUGAAAGCCAUUGCAUGGAGUCCACAUUCACAUGGAUUGUUAGCUAGUGGUGGUGGUUCACAAGAUAAGCACAUACGGUUCUGGAAUACGCUCACGGGCGACGUGCUUGAGAGUUAUGAUACAGAGUCACAGGUUUGUAACCUUGCCUGGUCCAAACACGCCAAUGAACUUGUAUCAACUCAUGGCUACUCACAGAAUCAAGUCAUCUUAUGGUCAUAUCCAUCGAUGGAGCAGUUGGCAGUGCUAAAAGGGCACACUUUGCGUGUCCUUUACCUGUCAGUAUCGCCAGAUGGUCAGAAUAUUGUCACGGGAGCGGGUGAUGAAACUCUCCGAUUCUGGAACGUAUUUAACAAUGGAAGACGAGAGCGAAAGCGCGAGUCCGUGUUUGACGUUAAGGCGCAGAUCCGUUAA